ACUUUCUCCGCUCCAGCUGAAGCAGAAACACCUCGUCCUUUAACCCUCAUCUCCAGAAUCAUCAUGUUCGGUGGAGGUAGUAGCUCCUACGGUAGCAGCAGUAGGUCUAUGUACGGUGGCGCGGGCGGCCAACAGGUCCGAGUCUCUGGAAGCUCCUCCAUGUCAAUGUACGGCAGUGGGGGUGGUGGCGGCGGCGGCGGUGGAGGUGGCUUCAGCUUUGGAGGAGGCUAUGGAGGAGGCGGUGGAGGAGGCGGUGGAUUUGGUGGUGGAUUUGGUGGUGGAUUUGGUGGUGAUGCCGACAACCAGGGCGUUGGCGCCAACAAGAAGGCCACCAUGCAGAACCUGAACGACCGCCUGGCCACAUACCUGGAGAAGGUCCGCAAGCUGGAGGAGGCCAACGCUGAGCUGGAGCUGAAGAUCAAACAGUUCCUGGUGAGCAAGUCCUCGCCGUCCUCCCGAGACUACAGCGCCUACUACGCCACCAUCGCAGAACUGCAGGGAAAGAUCCAGGAGGCGACCAAAAUCAACGGUGGCAUCUACCUGUCCAUCGACAACGCCAAGCUGGCCGCCGACGACUUCCGCCUCAAGUUCGAGAACGAGCUGGCCAUGCGUCAGUCGGUGGAGGCUGACAUCGCCGGGCUGAGGCGCGUCCUGGACGAGCUGACGAUGUCCAGGACCGACCUGGAGAUGCAGAUCGAGGGCCUGAGGGAGGAGCUUAUCUACCUCAAGAAGAACCACGAGGAGGAUCUGAUGUCUGCGAAAACUUCAAUGAGCGGUCAGGUGAACGUGGAGGUGGACGCCCCUCCUCAGGAGGACCUGACCAAGGUCAUGGACGAGAUCAGGGAGCACUACGAGGCCGUCGCCGCCAAGAACCGCAAAGAGCUGGAGGCCUGGUUCCAGUCCAAGACAGAAUCUCUGAACAAAGACAUCGCUGUCAGCACGGAGACGAUGCAGACGUCCAAGUCCGAGCUCACAGAUCUCAAACGCAUGCUGCAGAGUCUGGAGAUCGAGCUGCAGUCCCAGCUCAGCAUGAAAGCCGGGCUGGAGGGAACCCUGUCUGAGACGCAGAGCCGCUACUCCAUGCAGCUGGUGGGCUACCAGAGGCAGGUGAGCAUGCUGGAGGAGCAGCUGGUGCAGCUGAACGGGGACAUGGGGAGACAGUCCCAGCAGUACCAGGCGCUGCUGGACAUCAAGACCAGACUGGAGAUGGAGAUCGCCGAGUACAGGAGGCUGCUGGACGGGGAGGGCGGCGGCAGCGGCUCCGGCUCCGGCUCCGGCUCCGGCUCCGGCUCCGGCUCCGGCUCCGGCUUCGGCUCCAGCUCCAGCUCCAGCACCACCACCUCCACCACCACCGCCACCGUUGCCCCAAAGACCACCAUGAAGAAAAUCAUCACAUAUGUAGAGGAGACGGUGGAUGGAGAGGUGGUGAGCAGCACACAAACUAUCAGCGAAACCUAGAGGCCACCAACAGGGGGCGCUCUCACUGCUCCCACACAGAUAUAAAGAGUUAAAGGUCUUUAUUAAAGUCUGCUGAGGUGCUUCAAAAUAAAA